AUGCCUCGAGGGAACGACUUGGAUGCGGAUCUGGAGGUGGACCUCCGGGGGGACACCCAAUCGGCGGCCACCACAAUUACGCUGGAGGAGCGUCCUGGCAAACCGCAGGUGCGAUUCUUCAGCGUCGGACCCAGCAGCUACCAGGUGCGGUGUCCAAUGUGCCAGCGGAAUUCCAAGACGGAAACCGUGGAGAUGACGGGAGCACUGGGUCAGCUCAGCUGCCUCCUAUCCGCUCUGUCCUGCUGCUUUCCCAUCUUCGCCCUGACCUUCGUCUACUCCUGUCUCCAAAGUCGCCUGAAGUCGAAACGUGUGUUCUGCAGCCGAUGCGGUGGUCACUUGGGCUUCCACUGGCGUCCCACUUAGUCGGACUUCCACUCAGUUAGCUCUCUAGAAUCCGCGCAAGUGAUCUAUAAAUAAACCGGCAGCUGUUGUCAAAUUUUUUAAUAA